UGGUAGCAGUAACGCAACGCGGUAUAACUUGGAAAGUACAGCACCUGUGUUCGACGUUAUUAACUCUAGCCUGCGGUACACGUGCGUACCGGUCAACAAUUUUUGGUAGUUUUUAAACACGUCGCAAUUGGCUCGAUACUUUGCCAGUACAGAGAAUGUUGAUGAGGUGGAUCAGUAGAGUAGGUAUAGUUUCAGUCAGCACAUUCAAUCAUCAUCGCUACCAAGUAGUUAACUUUUUUAUUUAGUCAACGUUCAGCGACCUGUAAAAGUCUGGUUGCUUCAGUCUGCUCCUCACUCUGUAACGCAGCGGAGUUAAACAAUAGGUGUGUUUACAACGAACAUAUGUAACCAAAAUGGUGAAACAGGUAACACUUGAGUCACCUAGUGAAAUGCAACUAAUGUCACCCACCGAAGAUGGAAAGGCUCUUCCUGGUAGCCAAGAAUUUGAGCCUAGUAAAAUACAGAUGAAAAAACAGCUUGGCUUGCUGGAAGGAGUUGCUAUAAUUUUAGGAAUCAUAUUUGGAUCAGGAAUUUUUGUUUCACCGAAGGGCGUAAUCAAAGAAGUAGGUAGUGUUGGCUUAUCUCUCAUCAUAUGGGUCUUUUGUGGUUUGCUCUCUAUGGUUGGAGCGUUGUGCUAUGCGGAAUUGGGUACAAGCAUACCUGUUAGCGGUGGUGAUUAUGCUUAUAUUCACGAAGCCUUUGGACCAUUACCAUCUUUCUUGUAUUUGUGGGCAGCAAAUUUGAUAUUCGUUCCUACAACGAACGCUAUUAUGAGUCUCACUUUUGCUCAGUAUGUUCUCCAACCAUUUUUUCCGAAUUGUGAAAUCCCUGAUGAUGGUAUGAGACUCAUAGCUGCUGUCACUAUAUGCUUGCUGACUUUUAUCAAUUGCUACGAUGUUAAAGAGACAUCAAUGAUGCAGAAUGUGUUCAUGUUUGCUAAGGUCGCUGCAUUAGUUAUAAUUAUUAUCACUGGAAUGACCUGGUUAGGACUUGGGCAUACAGAAAAUUUCACAACACCAUUCGAAGAAACUAAUACUGAUCCAGGAAAAAUUGCAGUUGCAUUUUGCUCUGGUAUAUUUUCUUAUUCUGGCUGGAACUAUCUGAAUUUUAUGACAGAAGAACUCAAAAAUCCAUAUGUAAAUUUACCUCGUGCUAUCUACAUAUCGCUGCCAUUGGUGACUUUCAUCUAUGUUCUCGCCAAUGUGGCUUAUUUAGCAGUGUUAACACCAGAUAUGAUGAUCGCCUCUUAUGCUAUUGCUGUGACGUUUGGGGAUCAAGUACUGGGAGUCAUGUCGUGGACGAUACCUGUGAUGGUAGCAAUUUCAGCUUUUGGCGGCUUGAGCGUCCAUAUCAUGACUUCUUCACGGAUGUGCUUCGUAGGUGCUCGGAAUGGGCAAUUUCCAGCUAUGUUGAGCUACAUUAAUGUGUCCAAGCUGACUCCUACCCCUGCCUUGGUGUUUUUGUGUAUUUUGUCACUAUGUAUGCUUUGCACCAGUGAUGUAUUUGUGCUAAUUACUUACUGUAGUAUCGUGGAGACAUUCUUCAUUACAUUAUCUAUUGCCGGUAUUUUAUGGCUGAGAUAUAAGAGACCGAACAUGGAGAGGCCCAUCAAGGUUUCAUUGUGGGUACCUAUUACGUUUGUGAUGAUAUGUAUUUUCCUCAUUGUGGUAUCUUGCUAUCAGGCACCAUUUGAAGUAGGUAUAGGCACUCUAAUUACCCUGUCUGGAAUCCCUGCUUAUUACGUCGGAAUUGUGUGGAAGAAUAAACCAAAGUCAUUUCAACGUCAGUACAAUCGCAUCACCUGCACAAUACAAAAAUUGUUUGUAGCUGCGAGGGAAGAAAGAGAUCAGUAAUUACUGAAGUUUUUGCAAUUCAAAACAGUAUUUGGUGCGUGCAUAAUUACUUAAAAAGCUACAGCAAUGCUUGUGAAGAAUUAGGUAAGGCAUCAUCUUCUUCUGAUUAUCACCAUUACUGUUGGAUUAUUUGAAACUCGUGUAUUUAUAUCACAUUCAUUAUGAUUUUUAAUCAAGAGUUAGUGAUUGUAUGCUCUUUUGAGAUAAUUUAAUUGCAAAUUGAACACAACUAGAGAAUGACGGAAGUUCUCAAUUUGAAUAUGGUAGUUAAUUUUAAAACAAGUCAAAUGAAUAAUCGUUUGAAACGUUUUCAAAUUCGUUUGCUGUUUGUCCUGUUAUUCACGUUUAGUCAAAUCAUUUAAUAUCGAUAUGAGAAAAUUCAUUUGAUGUGUUUGUUACAUUACUGUUGAAGUUCUUUGCUGUUAAGUCAUUCUGCAGUUAGUAAUGUUUACAAAAUUUAUCUACCGUCGCAUAUAUGAAAUAUAACCAGCAUAUACAAAUAUUGUUAGUGUAUCUGUGAUUAUCGUAUAUACGAUGAAGAGAGACGUAUAAAUAUUUUCAUGUUGAUCAUGUAAAAUUAUAUCAUGUGAGGCAUAUUUCGUGAAGAAUAUUCAAGAAAUAUCUAAGCUAUGAAAAUUUAUUUUUCAUUUUGCUAUCUGCGUGAAAAAUCUAUUAACAAGUGAGUACUAGAAUGCAUAGAAUCUAAAAACGUUUACCACUAUUUAUGAACAUUGUUAUUAUAAUCUCUCCUGCGUAUAUUAAAUUAAAUCAGUUUCCCUGUGCGCAUAGUUUGCUUAGGCUCAAGUUUUGCUGCAGGAGCCAAAUAAGUAAUCAAUAAUGUAAAAUGAAUAAGAGGUUUCACACAUUGUACGAUUAAUCUUACACAAAUGAAAUUUUUUCAUCGAAGUCUAUGA